AUGGAGGACCACUGGAACCAAGACAAGAAGAGGAAGGACAUCAAGGGCAACGAGAAGCAGGACAAGAAAACCAAGGACAGGGAAGACCACGAGAAUCAAGACAAAAAGACCAAGGGAGAAGCCAGGAAAGAACGAAGGAAAGGGUGGAAUAUGGAGUGCUACUACGAGGAACAGGCCAAAAAGAGGAGCACGGGGAAACGUGAGAGCCAGGCCAAGAAGAGGAAAGGGAAGAGAAUAUUGAAGACCAUGAUAGCCAGGCCAAGAAGAGGAAGAGGCAGGACAAGGAGGACCAUGACACCCAGGGCUAAGAAGCGGAAGAAGCAGAAAAAGGAGGAACAUGAGACCCAGGCCAACAAGAGGAAGAGUGAAGAGAAAGAGCCAAAGAAGAGGAGGCCGCUGGAGAAUUAUAAGCGUAUCCUUGAUCACCUCAGGAAGGGGAGAGGGCGGGACAACAACAACGUGCUGAAGCUGAAGGUGGAGGCCGAAAGAGUCAACAAGAAGAGGAGUUUGAGCGAGUACUGCCGUGUUCAUCUUGAGGAAGGACUCAUGACGGAUGCGACCGUGCGCGGCCAUCCGUGUCUUGUCUUUUUUGACACCGGCGCCUCAGCCAGUAUCAUAUUCCUGUCACUGGCCCGGAGAGCGGGCCUCCUCACGGGCCGCGAGAAGACAUAA